UUCACAAAAGCUAAGCCAUGGCGGCUGCACCAGGCCUCCCCAAAAUCCAUCCGAAAUUUCUGUUUCUGGUCUUCAUCAUUUCACCAAUCUCCUCGGCAACAUGGCCUGGGCCUCCCACCAAUAAGCUUCCCUUAUCCCUUCCUGAGCGACACGCGCAGAAGCUUAUUAGAGACCUUAACCUCUGCCCAAAACACUCCACCAGCAUUGUAAUUCCCGACCCUUUGUCUGUCCCCCAAGGGAAUAGGGUCGUUGAGAAGAAGCUUCUAUUCCCUAACCUUGCUGCUCCCGCGCCUUCUGUCCAAGACUUUGGUCACCAUGCUGGCUAUUAUUCGCUUCCGCAUUCCAAAGCUGCAAGGAUGUUCUACUUAUUCUUUGAAUCUCGGAACGACAAGAGCGACCCUGUCGUGAUAUGGUUGACCGGAGGACCGGGUUGCAGCAGUGAGCUGGCAUUGUUUUACGAGAACGGUCCUUUCCAUAUCACACAAAACUUAUCUCUUUCGUGGAAUGACUAUGGCUGGGACAAGGUAUCAAAUAUUAUAUUUGUGGACCAACCCAUAGGGACGGGGUUCAGCUACUCCUCCGAUCGAAGUGAUAUUCCCCGUGACGAAGAGGGUGUGAGCAAUGCCUUGUAUGACUUCCUGCAGGCAUUCUUUAAGGAGCACCCCAAGUUCACCGAGAACGACUUCUAUAUUACUGGAGAAUCAUAUGCGGGACACUAUAUUCCAGCUCUCGCUUCCCGGCUUCAUCGAGCAAACAAGGCAAACCAAGGGAUUCAUAUAAACCUCAAGGGAAUGGCCAUUGGAAAUGGGCUGACCGACCCAGCAGUUCAGUACCCGGCAUACACAGACUUCGCAUUGGAGAGGGGUUUGAUCCAAAAAGAUGAUUACAACCGUAUCAAUCAGUUAGUCCCUCCAUGUUUGCAGUCAGUACGAGCUUGCGAUGACGAAGGGGGAGACGCUUGCUUGUCCUCUUUCACGGAUUGCGAUGCAAUAUUCGGGCAGAUAUUAAGUGUGACGGGCAACAUUAAUUAUUAUGACAUAAGGAAGCAGUGCGAGGGAGAACUGUGCUAUGACUUUUCAAGCGCGGAGACAUUUUUGAACAAGAAGGAAGUGAAGGAAGCGCUGGGCGUUAACCAAGGCUUGGACUUCGUAUCGUGCAGCAGCGUUGUAUAUGAUGCCAUGUCGCAGGGCUGGAUGAGGAAUCUGGAAGCGGGCAUUCCCGCUCUUCUUGAGGAUGGCAUCAAGGUGCUUGUUUAUGCUGGGGAAGAGGAUCUCAUCUGUAAUUGGCUCGGGAACUGGAGAUGGGUUCAUGCAAUGGAGUGGUCGGGUCAGAAACAGUUUGGGGCGUCUCCUAACUUGUCCUUCCUGGUUGAUGGCAAACAAGCAGGAACACUCAAAACCCACGCAGCUCUCACUUUCCUCAAGGUGCACGAGGCAGGACACAUGGUCCCUAUGGAUCAACCCAAAGCUGCGCUGCAGAUGCUUGAGCUCUGGAUGCGAGCCAAAUUAUCCCUCCAGUGAACACCACUAUCGGAUAUAUAUACAUGGCCCUGAUGUCAGACUUCGGAAACAACGCGUAACUUAUGUAUGUGUAAAAAAAUUAUUUUCGACUGAUGCUUUUGUUUUAUUUCCCUUUCAUUCAUUCUCUUCCAAUUAUACAUGAUGAUUUUUCUCUA